AUGGUACAAAUUCACACCCCGAAGGAUCUCUCCUCUCUCAAAGGUUGUACGUUCGGUUUCCACGGCCAGCCCGACCCAUGCCUCGCGCGCUGGACGAAAUCAGUCCUCGGCGACCGCGGCAUCUACAGCGCUUCAGGUGGUGCCGCAGCGAUGUUCUACAAGAGUACAGCCACCACUAACAAUGAAAUCGAGAUCAAUAUGUUCGGAGUGAUCGGAAACUUUCGAGGCUAUUACCCUGGCCACGCUUACAACACCACUGCCAGGCACGACUGGUUCACCUGGUCGGCGCUUAAAGCUCAUCCGCGAAAUAACUCUGGCACAGUGACACUUCGGUCUGCCGACCCGCUCGAUCCGCCGGAAAUUGUGUUUAAUUACUUUGACACCGGCGUUGGUGACUACAGAGCAGACCUGCAGGCCAUGUAUGAAGCACUCGAGCUUGGUCGUAGGGCUCUCAAGCGUCAACCUCUUCCUGUCUCUGAGGUUCUACCUGGAGCGAACGUUACCACUCAAGAAGACAUCGAGACUUACAUCAAAGAUACCGCAUGGGGGGAUCAUGCUAUGUGCACUUGUCCGAUCGGUACAGUCGAUGACCCAAUGGCAGUUCUUGACUCCAAGUUCCGGGUUCGUGGGGUUGACCGGUUGGGCGUCGUUGACGGUUCUGCUUUUCCUCGUAUACCUGGCACAUUUCCUGUUGUGUCGAUCUAUUUAGUGGCGGAAGAAGCCGCUGAUGUGAUUUUGAGUGAGAUUAAUACCAAUUGGACGCAGUAG